GGAUGGAAUGAGCUUCUGCCAGAAGGUCAUGACAGAUGCGUCGACUAGCGCUGGCCUUCCUACUGCAGGCAGGCCAACUUCUUGGUCAAGACGUCAAGGCAUGUGCAGAUGCAGACGCAGCAUGGUUGAAGUGCGAGCAGGUGGAGAAGAUUUCCAUUGCGAGCGGAGCAACAGAGUGCCAGUUCCGGAGGGUCUUUUACACUUGCAUACUUCAAGAAGGGUGCUACAAUGCAGAUGCUGCCUGCCGCGACCAAGGAAAUCCGGUUUCGUGCCGAGAACUUUGCGAAAAUGAGCCGAACUUGGCUGACUGUGUGGACGAGCGAGAUCUGCCGCCGCCACAGGAUUAUCAUCUUUGUCCUCACCUCCUCAAGGGCAUGGUGUCGACGCCGCCUCCAACUUUGGAGGAUUUUUUGGCUGCACCGGCAUUACCAUACACCUUCAUUGUUUGGACUUCUUUCACGAAUACUGAGAGCGCAGAUCCUGCCACCCUUCUUCCAGCGUUGCUGCCUCCAGCCAUCGCUAUAGUGCUGGCAAGUGCGAUGCAGCUAAAUCCUCUUGCGAUCUCUGUCCAAGAGCCCAUCAGCCACAGCAAGGGAUCCUUGACACUGCCUGGAUCUUUGGCCGCGCCUAUUUGGACGCAGCACACGUCCUUCCUCUCGCUGAAUAUACAUAUACGCAACGUCAGCGAUAUUCAGCGGAUGCAACUUGAAGCUGAGACGCUGCUCGUGACUGCUCAGACGCAGGUUGGCCUGGAAUCAUUGGCGGAAGCCCUGACGGAGGAGCUCGAUGCAGCGUUUCCGGCCACCUCAAAUCUGCAGAUCGCACGACUUCGACUGGUGGCGCGGGAGGGCCUCACGAUUGACUUCCCCUCAAUCGCAGAAACCACGACCACCGCUCCAACAACCACAGAAGAAUCCAAGCUGCAGCUGCAAACGUGGAGGGCUUGGCGAAUCAGAUGCUUGGAGGGCAUCAUUCAUCGAUGGGAGGUAGCGGAGCUAGAAUUCUGGGAUCGAUGUGAAGAUGGACAGCUCUUUUCAGGUCAUGCCAUCACCUCUGCAAGCCAUGCUGAGCACGUAGAGGACAAUGCAUUUGACGGCGAUCCAGGUUUUGUGCGCACGGUUUGGCUUUCAGCGUGCUCGGGCUGUUCUGCUGGUACACCUUGGCUUGGUCUUGAUGCAGCCUCCAACCCUUUCCGCGUCGCCUGCGUCAAUGUGGUGCAGGGCGCUACGGCAACCAACAUGUGCGGCCGCAUUGCCGUGGAGGCGUCAAAGGACCUCACCAAUUGGGAAGUACAGGGUGAGAUGCUUGGCCUCAACGAACGACAGUCGUUGUGUGUUCCGCGUACUCCAGAAGAUUUUCCCAGUUUACAGUGUGGCUCACUGGAAGAUGGCUGCGGCGGCAGCAUCCAAUUUGGAGCGUGCCCGGGGUCGCAGGAGAUUUGCGACAGGAACCAGUGCAUCUGCCAGGGCCGGCUGGAGGUCUCAGAUGUGCGCUUCAGUAACUGGGAAUGCGGUGAUCAUGAGGACGGAUGCGGAGCCACUUUGAGGUUUGGUUCAUGCAACUCCAGCAAUGCUACCUGCUUCAACAACCGCUGCAAGGAAACUGCCUUUACCGCAGCGCACUGGCGAUUGGUUUGCACUGGCAACACUGUGGCACGAUGGGUUGUAAGAGAAGUACGUUUUCAUGCAGAUGGCCUUUGCGUGAUUCCCCACACAACCUACAGGGCAGCGAGGAGCUCAGGCUCCCAAUAUUCGCAGAACCCGGCACUCUUCGCUUUCGAUGGAGAGACUUCCACUUCCUGGAUUUCCAGCUGCCAUGCUUGUGAGCCUUUAGAAGCCUGGCUCAGCCUGGAAUUCACCACUGACGUGGUUGUGAGGUGCGUGCGGAUAUAUCAGCACUCCAGUACGUCCCAGCAGUGUCCAAGUCUCGCAUUGGAGUACUCUGAUGAUGGAACUGUUUGGAGCCGGCGCCACGACUAUGGUUCUACAGGUCUGACCAUCGGCGAAAGCUCUCAACUGGAGGCCGAUAUGGAUGCGAAGUUCGUUGCCGAGGAGGUCUUCGUGGAGGAACGAUUUGCUUAUGUGUGGCGGAUAACGUGCAUGCAGGAGAUGAGAGUUCCGUGGAAAGUGCGCGAGUUCAACUUUUUCGACAACGAGGAGUGCUCCAAUUCUCUUCGAGGGGCUGUCACCGACAUCCUGGAGUCUGCACCAUCGACGUGGCCACCCGGCAAUGCGUACGACCAGAGCGAGAGCACGAUCUGGCGGACUCAAUGCGGUGAGUGUGAUGGCACGAGCGAUUCUUGUGCCUGCCAGCCUGGUGAAGCCUACAUCGGUGCGAGGUUUCUCCGAAGGGUGCGACCACGAUGCUUUAGCGUGACGCAGUUGGAGGAGAACCGAGGCCUUUGCAACAAGCUCGCCAUCCACUUCAGUGACGACACUGGACAGGUUCAAUCCUGGACUUUGAGGAGGACCUUCGAUGAGGUUGGUCCGAAUGUGUGGGGUGUGCUGCCACCGAGAGCAUCUCUGGAGAUGAACCAGGCCCAGACAAUGUGGUUUGGGUGCCGCUGCGGCCGUAGUGCUGCUGACGGUCAAUUGCUUUCAGGUCAGCCAUAAGUCCUACAAUACCAGGUGUGAUGAUGAGCAUGCUGCUGUCAGUACCAAUUCCACUCCAAAGGAGCCGGAACUUGAGCGGAGGAGCCAAUCAGCUAGCA